AUGGCAGAAGCAGAACGCAAGCACGUUUGUCCUCAGCCAGAAAAACUCCCCGUCGAGCUCAUUGCCGAAAUUAUUGCUAUUGUCGCGGACGGUGCACAAAAAUGCAACCCCCAAAACGACGAAAACCAUCCAUUUUGGACUCUCACUGCGAGUUCUCUGGUCUCUCGCACAUGGACCACCAUCUGCCGACCGCACAUCUUCCACACGCUCAGCAUAUCUACGGAGAACACCACCGCUCGGCUCUCCUUCCUCCACUUUGACGCUCCCCAUCUCAGCGAAUAUAUUCGCACAGUCCACCUCUGGUGGAAUGAUGAUUCUUGCACCGCUUUGGCGUGGUUCCCAGAGUGCUUCGCUCGGUUGAAGAACUUACGUGCGUUGCACCUCGAAAACGGGAUCUCAAGCUUGUCGAUGGCGCCAGCACCACUCUCCGCGGGGAUCGUGUCUAUGCUGGCCGCCCCGCGUCUUUGUAAACUGGCUCUGAACGGUUGGGGCUUUGCUAGCGACGCCUCUGACCUCCUAAGCAUGCUUCCUGCUACCCUUGAGGAACUGAAACUCGAGGACAUCAUGGAAACACAUGUCACAGAGAAGGCACCACCGACCGUCCGUUUCGAUGCUCUUCGAACCCUAGAGCUAUUGGACGUAUUCCACCCCAUGCUCGAAUUCAAGAGUUUCAUCGACUGCCCAAAUCUAGAGUGCUUGACUGCCAGAUACCACUACGAGCCUUGGAAUUUACCACCGUGGAUCCCUGACGAAUUAUCGGAGCUCGAGCUAUAUGGUAUGUCUUUACCAAGCCAUCGCAUUGAGCUUAUUCAAUCCGCUGGAUUAGCUGUACCUGAAUGUAACAUUCCUGAUUUUGGCGGGGCUAUACGUCCGUCAGUGCUGACGGUCAACCUAUCCGGAGACGUCUCUUACCUCGAACUCUUCGCCUGGAUCAAAAACUGCAUCGACAGCCUGCCAUUCCCCGGCACGAUCCAGUCACUUACAAUCAACGUCACUAACAACCACUUCCUCGACGAUCACUCCGAGGGACUUUAUCCCACGCCAUUGGAGUAUGAGGAGUUAUCUCACUUCCUCUAUAAACUCUACGAACAAGGGGGGUUAGAAGGCAUCACCCUGAGCAUCACGAUAGAUGUGAACUCUCGUGCAAGCGAUGCUGAGUUGUACAUGGACGAGGCGCGAGAGUUGGCAAAACUGGAGACCAGCUUCGCGCCAUUGGUAGAAGAGAAUGUGCUCGACAUGGAAUUCCUGCUACAGCGCUCGAACAAUGAUGGGAUGCUUGAACCGAUCAUGCGUUGUAGCAUAGAGAGGGCGGAGAUGGAGACAGAGUAA